AUGUCAGAGAAUGUAAAAGAACUCAAAAAUGAAGACACAGUAAAUAACAACACGACUUCAGAAGCAAAGCCCGUGGACGAGAAGCAAUUAAAAAUAAACAAUAUGCUAAAAGACCGACUCAGAAAAUACAUCAAGAAAUUAGAUGAUACCAACACAAGUAUCACUAAAGAAGAAAGUGAAAAAAUAGAAAUUGAAACCUUCAAACAGCUCUAUAAACCCAAAGUAGCAGGUAAUGAUGAAUCUUACAAAACCUUGCCAAAAUUCUACUUCAAAUUACCAAGACCAGACGAUGUAUUAGCACAGAAGUUGAGAGAAGAAACUAGAGCUCAAUUUCUGCAGAAGAAGAGCAAGGAGCUGCUGGAUAACAGUGAAUUGAAACAUUUGUGGAGUUUGUUGGAGAAGACAAAUCCUAAUAAUAAUGUAGGAAAUAACGAUGAGUUGAUUAUUGAUUACAUACAAUUUAGGAAAUUAAGGGAAGAGGCUGGACCUAAAUAUAAGCCAUACUUCACAGCAGAAGUCUUCGGCCGACUCCAGGCAGCUGAAGGAGGAAUAGGACGUGUUCGCGCCGUCUCACUAUUCAACUAUGUGAUGCGUCGUGUAUGGCUGCAGCAGACAAGGAUUGGAUUAUCUCUAUAUGAUGUCACUGGCCAAGGGUAUCUUACUGAACAUGACUUGGAAAGCUACAUAGCUGAGUUAGUACCCUCCCUGGCAGCCCUCGACGGUCUGGAUUCAUCCUUCAGUUCAUUCUACGUAUGUACAGCAGCUAGGAAGUUCCUGUUCUUCCUAGAUCCACUACGCGUGGGCAGGGUGAGAAUAAGGGAUGUCCUGUCUUGCUCCUUCCUUGAUGAUCUACUUGAGCUUCGCGAAGAAGACCUUCCAAUGGAGUUACAGGAGCAGAACUGGUUCAGUGCGGCUUCAGCGCUGCGAGUGUACGGCCAGUACCUCAACCUUGACAGAGACCACAACGGCAUGCUCAGCAUCAAUGAACUUGCUGGUUAUGGCUCAGGCACUCUAACCCGUGCAUUUCUUCAGCGCGUUUUCCAACAGUGCCUGACCUACGACGGAGAAAUGGACUACAAAACUUACCUGGAUCUUGUGCUGGCCCUGGAGAACAGGAAGCAACCGGCCGCGCUGGCCUAUCUCUUCAGAGUACUCGAUAUCAACUCUGUGGGAUAUCUCGACGCGUUCACCUUGAAUUAUUUCUUUAAGGCAAUCCAAGAUCAGAUGGUGGCUCACGGCGCUGAACCUGUCAACUUCGACGACGUCAAAGAUGAAAUUUUCGACAUGAUAAGACCGGAAAAUCCUUCUAGAAUCACCCUUCAAGACCUCAUCCGUAGUGGACACGGCCACACCGCUGUGUCUAUACUGCUGGAACUGCAUGGCUUCUGGGCUUACGAGAACAGGGAAGCUCUUGCAGCGGCUGGUGAUCAUGCCUGA